CUUCUUCUUCUUGUUCUAUUCCUCUCUAAUUUCUUUCGCCCUAGAAGAAUCAAUUCUCAGAAGAGAAGCAACUCAAGAAUCAAGAGUCACAAACAAUGGUGGAACGAGGAGCGGUCUUCAAUCAAUUACCCGAAGAACUAACCGAGAGAAUUCUCGCCCACCUCCCAAUCUCCACCAUCUUCCGCUGCCGCUGCGUCUGCAAGCAUUGGAACAAACUACUCAACACCAAUUCCUUCCUUGAAUCAUGGGGUGAGUUCUCCCCCAAAGACGUCUGGUUCUUGGUCUACCACACUCGCCGAACCGUCGCCGCCUACAGCCCUCGAUCGGGUUGGUGGAACAAUCUGCCCUUAUUCGAUCGAUGUUCCCUCGAUUCAUCUCAGGUACUCCUCUUAGCAUCUUCAGGCGGUUUCCUAUGCUUUCGCAAUCGGAAUUCCGAUUACCCUACGCUUAUCGUCUGUAAUCCCGUCACUAGAACCCAUAGGGUCCUCCCUGAGAUGCCCCAGAUUCGUUACAUCGACAUCGUGGGCAUGGUUGCUGAUAGGGUAUCUGGGUCUUACACGAUUCUGGUCACUGGAACCCCUGAACCCACCUGUAAUGAGAGCAUUACUGAGGUAUACGACUCGAGAACGCAGAGGUGGGAGCAACACUGUCGUUCCCAACAAGAGUUCUUGCAGUUUUGGUACGAAGUUCACGCGAUUUGGCAUGAUGGGUUCUUCUAUUGCCUAGCGACUCCGCUCAAUACGUCCCAGGGUUACCGAUUGAUUGCUUAUGAUAUGAAGAAGAGGGAGUGGAUGGAUUUGAAUGUGAAAAUGCCUUCUGGAGAUCUACGUUGCCCGUCGUUGCUAAUCUGUCGGGGUAAGUUGCUGUUGGCUGGAAAAAUUGUGGAAGAUUAUCUGAUUAGGAGUAUCUGUAUAUGGGAGCUUGAGAAUUUGAAGUGGGUCAAGGUUGUGGAGAUGCCUGAUGAGGUGUUGAAGAAGAUACAUUCACCUCAUUCGGUGUUGAUACAGUGCCAGGGACAUGGGGAUCUUCUGUGCUUUAGUACACACCGAGGAUGGCAAUCUAUAAUCUACGAUUUGUCAGAGCGUGCUUGGAAUUGGCUGCCGGAGAAUGACGUGAGCAAGUCGCAGGCAAUGGGAAGGAAUAACCUUGUUGGGUUGCCGUACGAGCCUAGUUUGUGUGCAAGAGUCUAAGUUGUUUGGCUGGAAGGGAAUGGAUUGGUACUUGCAUUGGAUUGCCAUAGAUCAAGCAGGUCUUGCCACCACAGUCAAAGGCAGGUAAAGCCGUGGUGCCUCGUGGGCAGAUUAAAUUCAUGGAAAUUGCAGGCCCAUGACUUUGCCAAUCAUUUUCUGCUUUUCAUGUUAAUGUUUCGUGGUAUAUCUCUUUGGUAAUUGAUUCUUCAAUAUUUAAUAAAGAUCAGAUAACAUGCUGUCUGUUUUAAAA